GACCCGAGAGACGAGAGGGUGAGGACGUCCGAUCCGUAGACAAAUCCAAAAACACCAUUUUAGAUAUCCAGGUGGAAGAAGCAUUCAAAAGAAUUUUAGUACCCAUUCCACAAAACUCAAAUCAAACAACGCUCCAGUCUGGCUUCUUCCACCUCCUGUCCUUGUGCAGUCCCCCCUUCGCCCAGCCUCCCGGCGAAUCCAAAUCCCUGAGAAAUCUCUCGCGCCGCCUAGCUGCCUCGGAUGCUCCCGGCCUCGCACCCGCUGCUCUACGCGUGCGCCUUCCGCGACAGCGCCCUCGUCGCCGAGCUCGCCCACGACCCGGACGCCGGAGGCGCCGGCACCGGCGACCUGCCGGCGCUCGCCGCCGCGCUCGCUGCCUCGGCGCCUCCGCACCACCGCUACGUCACCCACUCCACGGCGGGGCGGGCGCACGCGCUUCUCCUCGCUCCGCCGCUCGCGCUCGCCGCGGUCUCUCUCGCGCCGCAGCUCCCGGCGUCCCACCUCCUGCUCUUCCUCCGCCGCCUGCGAUGCCUCCCCGAGUUCAGGAUGCGCGAAGAGAUGGCGCGGCUGGCGCUCCGCCUGCCGUUCCCCAACGAGGAGGCGCUCGCGCGCGAGGCUGCUGACGUCGCCGCCGCUGAGGCCGAGGCGGAGGAGGCGACGCGGAGGGAGGCCGAGCUCGCGCGGGGGACGCCCAAGCGGGAGCAUGGAGCUCGCAGUGGCGCCGGGCGGGCGUGGAGGCGCCAGCUCUGGCUGAUCGUCCUCGUGGAUCUCGUGCUCCUCGGUGUACUCUUCGCGGCCUGGCUCGCCGUGUGCAGGGGUUUCAGCUGCAUUGGCCGGUAAAUAGAUUAAAAAAAGGCUGCCCAACUUUCAAGUGAAAAUAUGGAGGUUAUUUACAGAGUUGUUUCUCCUGAUGCAUGAUUAAUCAAAACUGAUGGUGAUAUCACCAUAGCAUAGCCAAACUCUGCCAGAGAUUUACAAAGCAAAGGGAAGGCACUCAACACCCAUAGUUACCUCCCUUGUGGUAUGGAACAUCUUUGAAAAGCGAAGCCAAAUGAGCUUGCUGGACUUGUUAUGUUUGAAUUUGUUGGUUUGGUUGUUGAGGACACCUGUACACGCAGUGUAAUUUGUUUGUUCGUUUUUUAUACAAAGCAAAUGUUCUUUUGUUUUC